GAUAAGGUGCCAGCAGACAUCCGGCUGACCUCCAUCUGCUCCACCACACUCAGGGUGGACCAGUCCAUUCUGACGGGGGAGUCCGUGUCUGUCCUCAAACACACAGAUCCUGUACCGGACCCCAGGGCUGUCAACCAGGACAAGAAGAACAUGCUGUUCUCGGGUACCAACAUUGCUGCCGGUCGGGCCAUCGGGGUUGCCGUAGCAACAGGGGUGCAAACAGAGAUUGGGAAAAUCCGCGAUGAGAUGGCCUCCACCGACCCUGAAAGAACGCCGCUGCAGCAGAAAUUGGAUCAGUUUGGGGAGCAGCUGUCUAAGGUCAUCAGCGUUAUUUGUGUGGCUGUGUGGGCCAUUAAUGUGGGACACUUUAAUGACCCGGUUCAUGGAGGCAGCUGGCUGAGAGGAGCUGUUUAUUACUUCAAGAUCGCCGUUGCUCUGGCUGUGGCUGCUAUUCCAGAAGGCCUCCCAGCUGUCAUCACCACCUGUCUGGCUCUGGGUACUCGAAGAAUGGCCAGGAAGAACGCCAUCGUCCGCAGCCUACCAUCAGUGGAGACCCUGGGAUGCACCUCUGUUAUCUGCUCAGACAAAACAGGAACCCUGACAACAAACCAGAUGUCAGUAUGCAGGAUGUUCGUAGUAGAGAGCGCAUCAGGAGAGCGUUGCUGCCUGAACGAGUUCUCUGUGACUGGAUCUACCUAUGCCCCUGAGGGGGAGGUUUACAAGGAUGGUUUAGUGGUGAAAUGUGGUCAGUACGAUGGCCUGGUGGAGAUGGCCUCCAUCUGUGCUCUAUGCAAUGACUCAUCACUAGACUACAAUGAGACGAAGGGCGUUUACGAGAAGGUUGGCGAAGCGACAGAGACUGCCCUCUGCUGCCUGGUGGAGAAAAUGAACGUGUUUGAUAUGGAUCUGCAGGGAUUGAGCUGUGCUGAGAGAGCUACAGCCUGUUGCUCUAUGAUUAAACAGCUGAUGAAGAAGGAGCUGACUCUAGAGUUUUCCAGAGACAGGAAGUCCAUGUCUGUGUUCUGCUUCCCCAAUAAACUGUCCCCGUCUGCCUCUGGGGCUAAGAUGUUCGUGAAGGGGGCUCCAGAGAGCCUGUUGGAACGCUGCAGUCACAUCCGGGUCAGCGGUUCUGGCCGUGUACCUAUGAGCCCGGCUGUUCGAGAGCAGCUCCAGUCUACCAUACGAGAGUGGGGCUCAGGACGAGACAUGCUGCGGUGCCUUGCCAUGGCAACCAGGGACACCCCACCUGAUAUCCAUUCCCUCAACCUGGAGAACUCAGCAGGCUUUGUGGACUACGAGUCGGAUCUGACCUUUGUUGGCUGUGUGGGGAUGCUGGACCCCCCCAGGAAAGAGGUCCUGGGAGCAGUUCAGAUGUGUCGGCGUGCUGGCAUACGGGUCAUCAUGAUCACAGGGGACAACAAGGGGACGGCCCUGUCCAUCUGCAGGAGAGUGGGCAUCAUCACGGAGCAGGAGGAGGAGCGCGAGGUCGGGGGGGCGAUUGGGGGGCUGACAGGCAGGGAGUUUGAUGAGUUGCCCCCUCAUCUGCAGCGCCAGGCCUGCCGGAGCGUUCGCUGCUUUGCCCGCGUGGAACCGGCCCACAAAAGUCGCAUCGUGGAGUAUCUGCAGAGCCUGAGUGACAUCACAGCCAUGACAGGCGAUGGCGUCAACGAUGCUCCCGCCCUGAAGAAGGCAGAGAUCGGCAUCGCCAUGGGCAGCGGCACGGCUGUCGCCAAGUCAGCCUCAGAGAUGAUCCUGGCAGAUGACAACUUCUCCACCAUUGUGGCUGCUGUGGAGGAGGGCAGAGCCAUCUACAACAACAUGAAGCAGUUCAUCCGAUACCUCAUCUCGUCCAACAUCGGGGAGGUGGUCUGCAUUUUCCUGACUGCUGCCCUGGGCAUGCCAGAAGCUCUGAUCCCGGUCCAGCUGCUGUGGGUCAACCUGGUCACUGACGGUUUCCCAGCAACCGCUCUGGGCUUCAACCCUCCAGACUUGGACAUCAUGUCUCGUCCUCCGCGGUCUCCCAAGGAGCCGCUGAUCUCCAGCUGGCUGUUCUGCCGCUACCUCAUCAUCGGGUGUUAUGUUGGAGCAGCCACCGUGGGAGCUGCUGCCUGGUGGUUCAUGGCUGCCCAUGACGGGCCAAAGCUUUCCUUCUAUCAGCUGUCCCAUUAUCUCCAGUGCACUGAGGCCCACCUAGAGUUUGCAGGUGUGCAGUGCUCAGUCUUUGAGUCUCCGUAUCCCAUGACGAUGGCUCUGUCUGUGCUGGUCACCAUAGAAAUGUGCAACGCCUUGAACAGUCUUUCAGAGAACCAGUCUCUGCUAAAGAUGCCUCCGUGGUCAAACCCCUGGCUGGUGGGGGCCAUCUUCCUCUCCAUGUCUCUUCACUUCCUCAUCCUGUAUGUGGAUCCUCUGCCGGUGAUUUUCCAGAUCCGUCCUCUGUCCUGGACUCAGUGGGUGGUGGUCUUGAAGCUGUCGCUGCCCGUCAUCCUGAUGGAUGAGGCUCUCAAGUUUCUGGCCCGGAACUACAUAGAGCCAGGAAGCCAGUCGCUAGAGGAGGAGGAGCUGCAGAGGACGUGGGCCAGCAUGGGACUGGUGGCCUCCAGCGUGUCCAGGCUCCGUCAGGCGCUGAGGGGCCUGUCCUGGGCGUUCAUCCUGAUUUCUGCACCGCUGCUGAUCUGGAUCUUCAGCCUGGACUCCGACAUCACCAACAUCUUCUGGGAGUGA